AUGGAUUCCCAACGGCAAGGCGAUGUGUCACCUGAGGCCAUGCAGGCGAGGAUCCAGCAGGCACGUCGUGAAGCUGAAUCGCUCAAGGAUCGCAUUAAGCGGAAGAAGGAUGAGCUUGCCGACACAACGCUCCGAGCUGUCGCUCAGCAAUCUCACGAGUCGGUCUCCCGCAGCCAGAUGAUGAAGGCGAAGCGCACCCUGAAGGGCCAUCUGGCCAAGAUUUACGCCAUGCACUGGUCUACGGACCGGAGGCACCUCGUGUCCGCAUCUCAGGACGGCAAGCUCAUCAUCUGGGAUGCCUACACGACGAACAAGGUCCACGCUAUUCCUCUGCGGUCCUCGUGGGUCAUGACCUGCGCCUACGCCCCGAGCGGCAACUAUGUCGCGUGCGGUGGUCUCGACAAUAUCUGUUCCAUCUACAAUUUGAACCAGAACCGUGAUGGACCGACGCGUGUCGCUCGCGAGCUGUCCGGCCACGCCGGGUACCUUUCCUGCUGUCGCUUUAUCAACGAUCGAAGCAUUCUGACGUCUUCUGGUGACAUGACAUGCAUGAAGUGGGACAUCGAGACCGGUACGCGCGUCGUCGAGUUUGCCGACCAUCUGGGCGAUGUCAUGAGCAUCAGCCUGAACCCUACCAACCAGAACACAUUCAUCUCGGGCGCUUGCGAUGCCUUUGCCAAGCUCUGGGACAUCCGCGCCGGCAAGGCCGUCCAGACUUUUGCUGGUCAUGAGUCUGACAUCAACGCCAUCCAGUUCUUCCCGGAUGGCCACUCUUUCGUCACUGGGUCUGAUGACGCUACAUGCAGACUCUUCGACAUCCGGGCUGAUCGCGAGUUGAACGUCUAUGGGUCCGAGUCCAUUCUGUGCGGCAUCACAUCCGUGGCUACAUCUGUGUCUGGCCGGUUGCUUUUUGCUGGUUAUGAUGACUUCGAAUGCAAGGUGAGAGCAGCCGUGGGGUCCUGA